GAGCUGCCCAAGUUGCAAAUGAUUAUGGCCAUUGCUAUCAGAUCAAUCCCGGUACCAUUGCAGGAGUCGUGCUGGGAGAUUUGUUCCUGACUUUGCUCAUUGCUCUUGGAGUCUACUACGUGGUCAGCUGUAUCUAUAAACAGCAAGCAACCAGCAGUGCAAACAAGGCUCAGCAUGAAUCUCCCUAUGAGGAACUUCAAGGUCAGCGAGUGGAUAUAUACAGUGACUUGAAAAAUCCAGCUUCCCGAAUUUCUUACAGAUAAUCUUCCUCCACUUCCUUGACCUUCUAAUAUGAAAUAAGAAAUUCUGAGAUUGAAGUCAUUUUCAACAGCUCCAACUGUUGUGUGCAAGCUUUCCACUGUGAAGUUCUACCUGACUGUUUUCCCUAUAUAACAUCUUGCACUUCAAUCAACAUUUAAUCUAUUUUCAAAACUGUCUGU